CUUACAAUAACAUAAUUUCUCACCCACUCAAAACAAACCGAUAUCAUUGGAACCGCGGUCCGCUCUCCGUCGUCCAUCAUUGUUUUUUUUUCUACUUGUUCAGUAAACUUUGAUGUAAGCCGCACGAUCAAAAUUAAACCGAAUGUGCGUGUGUACUGUUCAGUGUUGACGUUUUUCGAUAAUUUACUCGCUGCGGAACGUUGCUGUGACGCCAAUUCGCAAUGACGUUACUGGAGUUUACUGGUUGUGCGCUGACAGCUUUCGGCCCGGCGUUGUCAAUGUUCAUUGUGACCAUCAUGAAUGAUCCUGUACGUGUCAUCAUAUUGAUAGCCAGCUCGUUUUUCUGGCUGCUCAGUCUACUAUUCUCGUCGAUAGUGUGGUUCGUCUUCCCCAGCAAGCAGCAGGUCUGGUUCGGAGUGAUCGUAUCUGUAUUGGUACAAGAACUCUUCCGUUACUUUUUAUAUCUGCUGUUACGCAAAGCAGAACGUGGACUCAAACGGUUUGUGGUACACUCGUUAGUGUCCAAUAACAAGCACAUGUUGUCAUAUGUUUCCGGUCUGGGAUUUGGCGUCAUGAGCGGUCUAUUUGCUUUGAUCAACAUACUUGCUGAAGUUGGUGGACCAGGAACAAUGGGACUCCGUGGUGGAUACAGCGCAUUUUGUAUUGUAUCUUCAAUUUUCACUGCAUUCAUCAUACUUCUACACAUAUUUUGGGAAAUACUUUUUUUCCAUGGAUUGAACACAGACAAUAAAAACUUUAUUUUGUAUGUCGUUAUUUCGCACUUAGUUGUAUCAGAAAUAACAUUGCUCAAUCAAUAUUCUUUUAAUACACUUGCAUUGUGUAUAGUAUUUGUAAUAACAUUGGGUUCAGGAUAUUACGCUUUCAAGACUGCAGGUGGACAUUUGCCUAUCAUUGACAGAUUUAAAAAUCAAAAUACUACAACAGCGGCUGAGAAUUAAAAAAAAAUGUAUUACUUUUUAUAACAAUAUUUUUUUUAUAAUUUUUUUCUAUAUCUAUAUUAUAUGUACCUAACUAUUGAUUUUUGAUUAUACCUACAUCAUGAAAAUUAAGUUCUUAUAAUAUUCUUCUGAACUUUUAAUUAAUAAACUAUUAAUAAUUUUAUUUAUAACAAAA